AGAAAGUAUUCAGACCCCUUCUUUUUAUUUAUUUUUUAUUUUGUUAUGUUGCAGCCUUAUGCUAAAAUGCUUCCAAUUAUUAUUAUUUUUUCCGCUGGUGGGACUGCAGAUCGAUUUUGGUCUCGCGGUUCGAGGUCUGAGGCUAAUGGUCUUGGCUGACCAGUAUAUUGACCUGUUUCAACAACGUCACUUUUUCCCCUCAACUGGAGGAAACAAUGGCGGUGAAUGAAAAAAGAGUGAGCAGAUUAGCAUUCUUCCAUUAACUCUAGCAUUUUUCCAUUUACUCUCACACUAAAUCAAUAUCGAGAAAAACCUCAAAAAAUGCUUUUGAUUCAUGCCAAGUCCCAGGAAAGGUGUAUUCAUGUCUAAAGUCUGCACAAAUAUUGCCAAAUUUGACUUUUCCAGACAUUUAAAUAUAUUUUUUACAGCAUGAGUCAUCUCCGUACAUCGGCAAAUCUAUGUGUGAUCGUGCAAUCGGAUAACUAUGAUUAUGACUAUGAAGAGAGUGUGCCUAAGAACUGUCCCAUGUCUGAAUCCAUCAUUGGCGGUACGGUGGAGUAUUCUAAUGGCGGUGCUGAGGGGAGCCUUCUAAUUUAUCACUGCAGUGAUGGGUUUGAACCUUACCCAAUCAGCCAAAAAACCUGCAACUCUAAUGGAGAAUGGCAACCAAAGGUAUCCAAGGUGAAAUGUGAAGAGAGCAAUGAUUACGGAGAUUAUGAGGAAACGCAGAAGAACUGCUCUAUGGCAGAGUCCAUAAAGGGAGGUACCGUGUCCUAUUCCAAUCAAGGACUGGAGGGAAGUAUAUUGACUUAUCACUGUGACGUAGGACACUACCCUUAUCCAACAGCACAAAGAGUCUGUGACAAAGAUGGACAAUGGUCUGUCAUGAGGCUCCCAAAUAGAAAGAGAACAUUAAAUGCCAUGUGCAAAGAGGUUUUUUGCCCUGCUCAACUUGAGCUUGACAACGGGCAGUUUUUGCCCUGGAGAGAGUGGUUCAAGGUUGGAGAACAGCAGACUUUCUCAUGCCAUGAUGGAUUUGUUUUGAGUGGUUCUUCUCAGCGGAAUUGCACUCAGUGGGGUGGAUGGACCGGUACUACACCAGUGUGUGAUGACCAGUCUGAGGACUGCAAAAACCCGGGCUCCCCUCCAGGGGCCUUGCGCUCUGGAGAACGUUUUCGUAUCGGAGAUAAAGUGCAAUACCAGUGUCAGUUAGGCUUGGAUAUGCUCGGCCCUUCCGAGAGACACUGUUUGGACUCGAGGGAAUGGAGUGGGGUAGAACCACGCUGCUAUGCGCAGUACACAUUUGAUCAACCAGCCAUCGUUGCUCAGGCCCUGGGAGGAUCUCUGUCUGCAGUCAUGGACGUGUCAUUGCCCAAUUUCAAAAAGACAGGGAUAUCCCUUGGUAGGACCAUCAAGGUCACAGAGGGUCGUCUGAAUAUCUUCAUCUUAUUGGACACAUCAGGAAGCAUUUCAGCUGACAGUUUUCAGAACUCAAAAAAUGCUAUUAUUAAACUUGUCCAUAAGUUGGAUAGUUAUGAAGUCAAUAUGAAGUUUGACAUCAUCUCUUAUGCCAGUGAGCCCAAAGACAUCGUAUCCAUUUCAGACAUCAACAGUGAUCGUGUGGAUUAUGUCGUGGAGAAAUUAAACAAGUUUAGCCACAAAAGCCAUGGCAAAAAGAUAGGCACCAAUCUUUAUAAAGCCCUAGAAAGGGUGUAUGACCGUCUUGCAUUUCUCAGGGAGAACAAGAGAAGUCACUUCAAUGAGACUCAGAACGUCAUAAUCAUUGCAACUGAUGGCCACUUCAAUAUGGGACGCGACCCAAAAGAAAUUUUAGCUAAGAUCCGACACAUGUUGGGCUACAAACUCACCGGCAUAGACCACACACAAGAGGACCUCCUGGAUGUGUACGUGUUUGCUGUUGGCCAAAAUGUUAAUAAGAAGGAGCUGCAAAGCAUAGCAUCUUUCAAGAAGGAUGAGAUGCAUCUUUUUGCAUUGAAGGACUAUGACCAGCUUGGAUUCGUGUUCAACCAAAUGAUCAGUGAUUCUGCUGUGACUAAGUGUGGAGUGGCACAAGAGGAACAGAAUAAUACAUCAGACUCUAUAGAUGCUUAUUCCAGACCCUGGCAUGUUGAUGUUUUCUGGGUUUCUAAAACAUGCAGAGGCUCCAUAUUGACUGAGAACUGGGUGCUGACGGCAGCCCACUGCUUCAUCAAAGUCAAUACUGAUGAAUCUAUAUUAUUUGCCAAAGCAGCUGACAUACAAGUUGUGCAUGGUAAUGGCGAAGUUAAUGCCAUGGAGCUGAUUCUUCAUUCACAGUUUAAUGUGAAAGGCCUUAAAGACAAGAAUGUAAAGGAGUUUUAUGAUUAUGACAUUGCUCUUGUGAGGGUGAGCGAAAAAAUCACAGUAUCUUCGAAGGCAAGGCCCAUUUGUUUGCCUUGUACCAAGUCUUCAAGCCGAGCUCUCAGAAUGGGUCCAGACGCCACCUGUGACCAGCACAAGAAAUUGCUGAUUCAUCUGAAUGAGACUCCGGCUCAGUUCAUUAGACAGGGAACUCAACGAUCGGACACACAUAUACACAGUGGCACAAAAAGAGAUAAAUGCAUACAGCAUGGAAGAUCAUCAUUCUCUGCAAACAGCACUGCAUCACUGACGGAAGUCAUCACAGACAGAUUCAUGUGCACUGGAGGAUCAGAGACAAGAAGAUUUCAAAUGACUUGUAAAGGGGAUUCUGGAGGAGCUCUCUUCCUGCGCAAGAGGAUGCGAUAUUUCCAAGUGGCAGUCAUUAGCUGGGGCACUAAACAGUUGUGUGACACCAAGACUGAUGUCAAAGAUGAGUGGCCUUUAGACGCCCGAGACUUCCACAUCAGUGUGUUUUCUCUCAUGCCCUGGCUCAGACAGCAUCUUCAUAAAGAGCUGCAGUUUCUUCCAUUGCAAAACUAAGCCACACAGGAAUUAUACAGAUGUUUUUGUAAUAUCUGGGCAAGUAACUUGCAGAGCUGAAAUGUAUCAGACCUGCUAUGUCAAAUGAUUAUAUCAAACAACAGAACAGAUAAUAUAAAUAAACAUAUUUUGAUCUAAUGGUGACACUCUAUUAGAAGAUCAUUCUUGAUUAAUCCUAAACAAUUGUUAUCACUAGGGCUGGGUAAAAAUAUAGAUUUUCUGAUAAAUUGCGAUCUUCAUUUGAACAAUCAUGAUAUUGAUUCUUAAAAUCCAAAGACUGAUAAUUUACUCUAUGCGCAAUCCUCUACAAUGCAACCAAAUUUCACAAUAUGUGACUAAAAAUGUCUGUGAUUGGACACUGGCUGGUAAAUGUUCAGAUUUCACUGUGCAGUGAUUGAGUAGUAUAGUGGAGAAGAAGUUCAGCAACGAGAACUUUUCACACUGUGGUAAGAGUAAAAGUUUGGUUUGACUCGUUCUGUCUGUCCAAAGACGAGAUCCACGCAGUCCAUACGUCAUUGGAUAAUGUCUCUUUUAAUAUCCUUUAUAUUCUUUACAGUAAAUUGCUGAUCAAAAACAACAGAAAUAGAAACAUAUAAUUCUAAUCACACAGCACGGAUGCGAUAAAAAACCAUGUGACUCCACUGUCAUUAAUAUGCGCUCAACCAAAACACUUCUGUGAGAUGCUCGCUGAACUGCCGCUAUUCUUAAAGAGACAGUACACUUUUACCAUUUGUUCUACAUAUCAAAAUAAAUAUUAUAUAUACUGCAUAUAGUAUAUGCUUUAAUAUAUUCAAUUUCAAGACAUCAUGUUUAUUGAUGGAAUACAUGGAUUUGUACAUUUUUAAAAACUAAAAUGUGACCAGAUGUGAUGAAAAACUAAUACCCUCAAUACCCAACCUUAGUUAUUACUACUGCAAACUGUUGUCAGGCCUUGAACCAGUAAAGAAUGACAUGCUUAUUUGGCAUAUGCCAAUGAAAAAUUAUUAAAGCACAUUUACACUUGU